AUGCCGCGGAUGGCCAAGCUGCUGCUCAAGCUGCAGGCGACGGCGGCGGAUAGGAGGCACGGCCCCGGCCGCAUCCGGCGCCACCCGCUCGCGCCCCGCCACGCGCCCGCCGCCACCAGAUUCGUGCCCUCCUGCCGCGCCCUCUGCCUCCUCGCCCUCGCGGCCGCCGCCACCACGCUCGCGCUGGCGCUUACGCUCCAGAAUCACCGCCUCGGCCCCGCCGACCUUUCCUCCUCCUCCUCCUCCUCCGCCAUCUCGCCACGCGGCGGCGGCUUCGCGGUGGUGAUCAACACGUGGAGGCGCCCGGCGCUGCUGCGGAGGUCCGUGACGCACUACGCCGCCUGCGGUGGCGUCGACGCCGUCCACGUGGUGUGGAGCGAGCCGCGGCCGCCGCCGCCGCUGCCGGAGACCCUGCGCGGGGGCGUCCUCGGCGGCCUCAACGGCACCCGUCGCGGCGCUGGCGUGCGGUUCGAGAUCAACGAGGCCGACAGCCUCAACAACAGGUUCAGGCCCAUCCGGGCGCUCGCGGCGGACGCCGUCUUCUCCGUCGACGACGACCUCAUCGUCCCCUGCUCCACGCUGCGCUUCGCCUUCUCUGUCUGGCAGAGCGCGCCCUCCGCCAUGGUCGGCUUCGUGCCGCGGAUGCACUGGCUUACCAACCCGAGAGGCAGUGAAGAGGAAUACCGAUAUGGAAGCUGGUGGUCAGUUUGGUGGACAGGGACAUACAGCAUGGUUCUUUCCAAAGCAAGUUUCUUCCACAAGAAGUACUUGGACAUGUAUACCAACCAAAUGCUACCGUCCAUUCACAAAUAUGUGAAUGAGAACAGGAACUGUGAGGAUAUUGCAAUGUCUUUUCUUGUUGCAAAUGCUACUGGAGCUCCACCUGUAUGGGUGCAAGGAAGGAUAUUUGAGAUUGGAUCGAGCGGCAUCAGCAGUUUGAAAGGCCAUGGCUUGCAGAGAUCAAGAUGUCUCAACACGUUCGCUGCCAUGUACGGCCAUAUGCCCCUCGUAGCCACCACAGUCAAGGCUGUGGACAGCCGCAGGAGCUGGUUCUGGUGA